AUGAUGGCUUCUCCGAACGAGAGCAUCAUCUCCGCAGCCUCGUCCGCCAUAAACAAGUGGCCUCGAAUCGACGCGGCUGGUAUAUUCCUCUCACAAAGCAAAACUCUAAAACCCCAUAAAGGAAAUCGCCAGUAUUUCCCUCUCGUCAUCCCAUUACUUAUACUCCCCGUUCAAGCCGAGGCUCUCGCAAGGCUUCAACUACAAUCGGCUACAGACGAGGCUGGUGGUUCAUGCGAUCACUGGGUGCAAGAAGCGUCGUCACACGACAUCAAGCGGGCCAUGCUCCUUCCACGGCGCAGGAGGUUUCUCCGACGCCCUGUCGCUCGUCCCCCCGGAAGCAUUCACUUGGACAUUGCAGGCAUGCCCAGUGCGCGCCUGCACAUUGUCAUGGAACAACAACAACACAGCAGAAGCAGCACCGCUCGCCGACUCCAACGAGGCAUCCAUCGGCCUUGA